AUGCGAAAGUCUGCAAAGGACCCUCACUUGUUCGAUGAUAAUCAGAUAUUCGGAAAAGCCUUCAUGUGGAUUCUCGUCCGUGGCCUUGUGUUUCGACAAGCUGGAGAAAUUCACGCAUCGUCCUUCUGGUACGAAGCAUCGUACCUCAAGCUGCGUCUUCCCCAGACCCGAUCAAAGGAAAACCACCCCAAAUGCAACUUUUGCGCUGUGGCGGACAACCCCUACGGGACCGUCAAGAUCACCACACGCGUCGAACGCUCCUACUCCAACCGGCGACGCAUCCAGGUCCUCGAAUUCCUCGAGCUCCAUCGUAUCCCCAUCACCCACACUCCGGCUCCGGGCAGGCCGCCUCUACGGGAACGAGAACGGGAUAUCGGGGAGUCGGGGAGGAGAGAAGCGUCGUCGCCCCAGGGUACCGACGACCGACCUAUCUUGAAGCUAGCAAGUAUUUCAUGGUCCCGGAGUCGACAAUAG